UGAUGAACUCUCUCUGGCAAAUGCUUGACACUGCUUACGUAAAUAGGCUUCUUUUAAAAAUGGCUCUAUUUGCAUGACAAAGCCCGAUGGUUUCAGGGUGGAGGGCAGAAGGAGAGGGAGGAGUUUGAGUCUGUCGCAAAGAGGAGGCAGGACAGACUGGGAUUGUUGGACAGAUGCACUGGGAUCGCCAGCUCUCUCCCAGUCAGGAGAUCAGACUGCACUGCAGGGUGUAUCGAACGCUGUGGUUGAGGUAUUAGCGGUACUCGUCUGGAUUUGGGUUCCAUUAUCCGGUGUAGCUGGAUCUUGUUCCCAUAUUACCUCACACUACUUUUUGUACUGGUUGGAGGAAAGAAGGGAUUUAACAUCUCCCAUAAACUGGGAAAAAAUUGAAUAUUUGCGAACCAGCUGUGGAAGAGUGACACAUGCUUGCCACCAGCACUGUCAUGCACUGCUCACAGCAGCAUCUGAAAUGUUUAUGGCUUAAAUGCUCAUAAUCAGUGGCGUUUAUCUAGAUUUAGCAGAAAUAUAAUUCAUAAUUGCACUGGUGACCUGAAUGGUGUAUUACAGCAGAACGCUACACUGGCUUAGAGAUGAUGGGAACCCUGCUUACUGGACUCAUACUCUUCCUGUUUGUGGUGGGAUGUGAAAGUGAGCCGACACAUGCCGUGCCAGAAAGAGUAGAGGGCUCAAAUGGAGAAACACUGGUGUAUCUGACACCACACUGGGCUUUCCAGCUGGUCAAUGACUCGCUGUCCUUCUCUAGGGCCGACAGCUUCUGCAGAGGGCGGUUUAGCUCUCUCAUCACCUCAGACCAGAAGGAAGUUCUGGAGCUGCUUCGGCAGGCUGGACUUCAUUCCUCCGUCUGGGUCAGGGAUUCCAGCAGAGUAGCCUCCAAGCCUGUGGCGCUCUCCCAGCAGUAUUUGCAGUUCUCAGCUCUAAAGUUUCCAAAGGAGUCGCGUGAGGGCUUUGCACACGUCAACAAGUCCUUCCCAGCCCUCUCAUCUGUCAGUGUUUGUGUUCGAGUUCAGUGGGACCCAUGGUGGAGUGAGGUGUCGACCAUAUUUUCCUACGCUGCACCUGUCUUUACCAAUGAGUUCCAGCUGCGAGGCCAAGCAGACAUGCAGGGUCGCAUUUUGCUGGCGCUCAUCAUCCAUGGGAAGCACCUACCAUACAAGGCAUCCUUCCCAAAUGAUGGUGCGUGGCAUCAAAUCUGUGUCACAUGGCAGCAGAGUGGUGGCCACUGGGCUACCUAUGUGGACGGAGACAGGAAAGACACAGGCUCAGACACAGACACUUCCAGGGAUAUCUACGGUGAUGGGAUUCUGAUCCUGGGGCAGGACCAAGACUCUUUUGGCGGGAAUUUUACAGAGCCUUUCUUUGGAAAUAUAACUGACCUAAAUGUCUGGAACAUGUCUUUGGAAUCACACCAUGUCCGUCUGCUAAAUGAAUGUUCACCAGUCACCCAGGACCUGCUUUUCAGUUGGAACCUUGAGCUCCUUAGUAGCCACCCUGUGGUCAAAGAGGUGCAGGCCCGUUUGUUUUGCCCAGCAGUGCACCAGCAGGUGGAGCUACAGGGCUGCAGAACAUUGCAGGGCUGGUCAGCUGAGCUUCCACAGUUGGGUCUGAGGGACUGCCUGGAUCUCCUGCCUUUCAUCUGCAGGAGCAGCAGAGAGCGUUACCUGAAGAUGAAGCAGAUGAGUGACUCUCAGAGCUCUCAGCCCACUGCUUUCAUGAGCCAGCUGAUGAAGCUCUCCAACCAGAGCCAGCUGAUGCUGCCAUCAGGGCUGAGCAGCCUGGCCCAGGCAUCUGCCCUGCUUGACGUCUCUGUCCAGGCCCUAGAGGACACCCGGGACGAGGGACUGCAGCCAGCAGACAUAAUGUCCCUCAUACAGCUUCUGUCUCUAACUGCAGACGUCCCCUCACAGCCAUUUACCCAUGACACUAACUACAGCCAGGACAACAUACAGGAGCUCAGCCAGCACUUCAUCAGCUUGGCUGACAGCAUCAUCAGUGAAGAAGACACCUUAAAGUGGCAAGCCAUCAAAGAGGUGGUGAACGGCCCCAUGGAUGUGGUCAAACGCAUUGACCACAUGGUGACCAGCCUGAGCCCUCGCUUAAUGGCAGAGACCAAUCACCUAACCAUCCGCAGCCCCAACAUCAAAUUGGUGGUGCAGCAGCAGAAGCUGCAGGAAGUAUCCAGAGGAUCGAGUUUCUGUGGACCUGAAACAGAGACGCCAACCAUCCUAGACUGUAUUUCAGUCCCACAUCAGAAGAUGCAGGAUCUCCAUAACAAUGGUUUCCAUAAGCUCACGCUGGUCAACAUGUGGUACGGCUCUCUGCGGCCUUUUUUCAAUCCUGAGGAGAACAUCACCAUGGAGCCCACCGUCACUGAUGGCAGCCAAAGGUAAAAGUUUAAACCACUGUCAUGUGUUAUCCAUAAAGUUGUGACUGUGAUGUAAAAAGAUGGGACUUUUCAGCAAACAUUAACAUUUGAUAAAAUGAAAAUUUCAAUAUAAUUUACAGCACUGCAGUUUAUGUUCACGUUUAUAUGGAGGAUUAUUCUGGAGUGAGAGAAGUAACUCCCGGGCAAAAGGCUUUAAAACCUGAUUUGUUGAAAUAAUUCUUUUAGAUGAAUUUCGACUGGGUAUUUGGUGCAUAUAGUUUUUAAUGAAAUUGCAGUUAAUUUAGACCAUGUUUCAAAGCAACUGUCCCAAUAAGCACCUGGAUCAUUUAUUCCCAUUUAACACUCUGCAUAUCACUGGCUUGCAUUAGCUGUUUAUAGCCAACAGUCUGUAUUAUUGAUCAUUUUUGGAUAAAGUUUCAAAGAAAAUACAUUACUUUCUCUUAUAUUUUGAUUAGUGUGAAGAUUUAAGACAAAAUCUAAGACUUUAGACAAUAUGCCACAUAUUUUGUUGAUGACAUCAAAGCAUUAAAACACUGUGGUUUUAAGUGAGCCGCAGCACUCUUCACUAUGAGAAUGCCUGGCCUAGAUGCAUUUCAGCAUGACUUGCUUCUUGAUUUCAAUCUAAUAUUAUGAUUCUUGCUAAAGUCCAAUUUAAUGAUUUGAAAGCUUUAUACUGACUCGGAGCUGAAGAAUAGCCAUCGUGGCUCAUCAAAUAUCAGCUUAUAAACUGUAUAAUUUGUUCAGCUGAAUAAAGAAGUAAAGCUCAGAACAGCAGCAGCAGGUCAGCUAACCUGUGACUUAUUAGUAGUUGAGGCAUUUCCCCAUGUUGCCCACAACACCAGUAUACAGGUAUACAGUAUCUCCACCUCCCAUGCUUGAAAACCACUAGAUUACAAUCAGUUAUUACUCAAGGUUUUAGCUUUAUCUGUCAAAAUGAAAAAUUACAGCUGUAUAUUUAUGUAAACUUUUUCAUGAAAACUAAAGAUACAGUUAUUGGCUUCAGAGUGA